AUGGACGAAGUGAAGCCAGCGGUCGAACCUGCACCCAAGGGGAAUCCAGGGGAGGGGCGACCUCCAGGGGAUGAGCUAUGGACGCCUUUGCCCAAGGGAAAUCUAGGGUCGCUGGGAAUUCUUAGGGCCAGUUUGGGAGCCCGAAUCCCCGCCUUCGGCCCGCGUGGAAACUUGACCCGACCCGCGAGUUUUCCACGGGGAGGCUCUUCGCCAUCUCUCGAGUCCGGGCGCAUCUCCCCGCCGGUCGCGACACGCGAGCGACGCGAGCCGAGCGCCGCGCCGCCGCCACGCCGCCUGCUCCGCUCCCCUGCUCGCGCUGCCGUUCCACCUCCGCUCCUCGGCUCGGCGCUGCCGCUCCGCCUCCUCAUCCAGACGCCACCCCCUGCAGCUCCCUGCUCCCCGUUGGCGACGCCCCUCCGCUUCCGCACCCCUCGGCGUCUCGAUCUGCGACGGCGCCAUCACCUCGGCCGCCGCCUCCACAGCCACCACGGUGCCUCCACUUCAUCUUCCUCCUCGUCAUAUAUUCACUACUUGCUGAUCUCUUCACUCGACAUUGUUGGCCCAACUGACUGGUCUUUGAGUUAUGCUAUCCACACCUGGAAUCUGUUGGCCAUCGUCAUUGUCAUUUCACUAAUGGCUUAUGGGAUUACAACAGCAAGGGGAUUCUUGAGGGACUUGACUACCUGAUAUUGCACGGUUUUGUCAUCACUUUCCGGAUCCACAUAGAUGCUAGUUUGACCUUGCUCUAAAUUAUGUUCAUUGACAUUAUUUGAGUCUCUUUUAAAUUUGAAAACAUCAUGUAUCUUGCUAUGUGAUGGCAUAUUGUCUUGGUGACAUUAUUUGAGUAUCUUUUGUAUGGUUGUGAAGCAUAGGGUUAGACAGCAAUGAAUUUGUGAUGUUGAUUCAAAAGAUAUUAUGGUCUUGUAAUGAUCCUAGUAUUGACCCAUUAUGAGAUAUUAUGUUAUUGUCAUUUUCUGAUUUU